AUGUAUGGGACAACUACAAACCCCUUUGCGAGAACAUUGUGUUGCCAUUGUGGCCUCAAUAUUGGUAAUACUGACUACCUUAUGUCCUUGUUGCAUCAUGGUCAAAGGCCCAAAGAUGCCCACUCAAGUAAGAAAAAUAAUUUUAUAACCUUUUUUCCAUACUCUGUCACUGCGGGCAUUGGCUUAUCCUCGCCUAAUACAUCACAUAGCCCUGUUGCUGGGUUUGGCUCUGUGCGCUGUUCGAUGACAAAGAAACACGAACGGAAGACUUCUUUGUCAAACAAUGCUACAGGAAAACCAUUGAAUGAGGAAGAACAAGGUGCUGGACCGCCACUCUCACUCCACUUGUCGACAAUUAUGGAGGCAGACAGUUCUGGCAUCUUGAAACAUGCACCUGUCCCCAGUACAAACACCAUCCUAGCCAAGUGCCAUUCGUGUUCUCCUUUCAUCAUCAACCUGAAUCUCCUUCACACCUCCUCUGCCGCUCCUCCCACAUCCUCCGGUAAUUGUGAUCCCACCACCCCAGAUACACGUAGCUCAGAUGGUGACGCAGAUACAUCCGCUUUGGACUUCUGCAAUACCGACAUCACUACCCAAGUAAUCGACACAAUGUGUCCAUCAAACCACACCGACAGGAGUGGCUUAACUCAGAUGGGGCAGUCGUAG